UACAGUGGGAACCUUUUUUGUAACAGGGCGUUGUUCCGCCCGGAUUAUUUUUCGAAGCGGUAGACAUGCUUGUUUUGGUCUGUGUGGCUUUUUGUUGCCUUGGUUACUUUAUUUCUGUAAAAUUUUUAUACAGUCGACUCAAACGGAGUGGCGUUUUUCGUCCUCUGCGCAGUGACCGAGUUCCAGGCUUUCUCUCGGCGAGCUCUCAGAGUUCGGAGGGAGGAAACCCGCCCGCUGUGGAUGCUGUUCGGGCGCUUCUUGUAACCGCGCAUCCCGACGACGAGUGCAUGUUUUUCGCACCUUCAGUCUUAAAACUCGUUGAGUCAAACGCGUCCGUUCAUUUGCUAUGCCUGUCAUCAGGAAAUUUCUACAACCAAGGUGCCCAGAGGCGACAGGAGCUCCUUGACAGCUGUGCGGUUUUGGGAAUUCCAGCCAACCAGGUCACCAUUAUCGAGAACAAAGAGUUGCCGGAUGAUCCAAAGGCCAAGUGGAGCAUAGCACUGAUCUCAUCGCUCAUCUUUAAACACAUCAGAACUCAUUCCAUUAACCUGGUGCUGACGUUUGAUGAGGGGGGAGUUAGUGGACACGCCAAUCACAUCGCCAUCUACAAAGCCUUCAGGCAUCUGGCCUCUGUCGGGAGAAUACCAGAAGGUUGCUGUGUCCUCACUCUCCACACCAUCAGCAUCUUAAGAAAGUACCUCUCCAUCUUAGAGCUGCCAAUCAGCUGGUUGUUACCGUCAUCGUUCUGCUGUGUCAUAGGACGAGAGGAAUACAAGAGAGCCAAGGAAGCCAUGCUGCGCCACCGCUCCCAGCUCCUCUGGUUUCGACGGCUGUACAUUCUCUUCUCACGCUACAUGUUUAUCAACACCUUCCGAGCCGUCGCCGUGGAGACCAAGCACGUGAAGAUCUAUUAGUAGACGAGUGUUGGUUCACUGUUAUGCACUGUGCCUUGUCAUGUAGGACUGAAUUAAAAGCACUGAACUCCUAAAGAAAAGCUUCACACAUUUUCCAGAAUUUCAUUCAAUAUUUUUCUACAGGUGGAGAACUGAGUAAGACUUUGUAAGGGGGUAUAAAUGAUUAGCGGGUAAGACUUUACUUGAACCCUGCUACAUAACUUUGACAUAAACAUGUCAUGACAGAUGUCAUAUGCCAUCAUAGGUUGUCAUAUCCAGUUAAGUAACCAUGUAUUAUUUCCAGUAAUUGUCAUGACACAUACCAUAAUGUUAUGUGGUAUAUGUCAUGACAAUUAUUGGUAAUGAUAACAACACAAGGUUACACAAAUGGAUAUGAUCUGUCAUGACAAUCUAUAACAGCGUAUGACAUCUGCCAUGACAUGUUUAUAUCAAUGUUAUGUCACUUCAAUGUAGCAGGGUUUAAGUAAAAUGUUACUGAUCAGCCCCACUGUAACACUGCCAUACUGAAUUUAGGAGAAUACAGCUCUACACCCACACAUGGACCACAUCCUGAAAUUCUGUAAAAUGGAUGAAGCUAAGCUUUAUUUUUUUAUAUAUAUAUAUGAGUGUUUACAGUUCCUGUUACUCUAAUCCUUUAAAUGCUCCAUUCCUUUGUCCCAGUUUAUAUUCCCAGCCAUGAACUUGCAUAACUUUCACACUACAUAAGUGCGCUUCAAUGACAAUGCAAGGCUUUCUUGUUGUUCAGACAUUUCCCUCUAUUUCUGUUCAACUGAUCUUCCAAAAUAGCUGGAUAGAAGAAGAAGCCAAAGAAGAAGAAGAAGCCAUACAAAUAAGGGCCUUCUUUGUUCUGAACUGUUCUUUAAAGGGGAAUUCCACUGCUUAUUCAAAAUUUCUGCAUAAUUCUGUCAUGGAGAUGUAAACAAAUUCAUUCAGAGUGAUUUGAUGUGAAAUUGUUCAUUGUAGA